AUGGUGCGUGACCAAUUUCAAAAUAUUUACGUUAACAUUAAAUUCAAAAUUUUGAAGACCCACAGACUCUCCCAAUCCCAUUUAGAAAGUAUUUAAUACACAGCCCAAGCCACAACCACUUCUUUACUUCUUCCUAAAUCAUUACUCUAUACUUCAGAAAAUUCUUAUUUCAUAAUUUUGGGCCUUAGAAUCAAGUGGGAGUGUGUGUUUUCUAUGAUCUUUAGACCUGUGUGGGAAAAAUUUGGGUUUGAGUUUGAGUGCGGUAGGUGUAAAUUAGCAAAACCACCCAAACUUAAUAUGCAAUAAUGGCUGAUGUUAAAGCAGAGUGCUUUUAUCGUAGUAGGAGUGAAACACUCGGAACAGUCAGCACAAGGAGUAGCAGUAGAAAGAGAAAACGAUAGCUAAAAAAGAAAAUAAGAGAGAGACCAAGAACAAAAACGAAAACAACAACAACAGACUCUGAUAGAUAUCAUAAAAGGGCGUGGAAAUUCAGUUUGUUGUUCAGAUCUUCUCAACUCCCAUUCUCGUUCCUAGAUCCUCACUUUUUACCCACUUCACCGGACUUCUGCUUUCCAGUCACUAUGCUGUCGCUUUCCUGCCGCGGACCCAUCACUGGGUUUAUGAGGUUACAGUGAUUCCCCUUGUGGUUGUUUGUUAUCACAGGGAUGUAUAAGAACCAGUUGCAAGAAUUAGCGCAGAGAAGCUGCUUCAACUUGCCAUCCUAUGCCUGCAUUAGGGAAGGACCAGAUCAUGCCCCACGCUUUAAAGCCACAGUUAACUUCAACGGUGAAGUCUUUGAGAGUCCAACCUUCUGCAAUACUUUGAGACAAGCUGAACAUGCAGCAGCAGAGGUAGCACUUAAUGUGCUUUCAAAAAAUGGCCCUUCUAAAGCACUGGCUGCAAAAGUUCUGGAUGAAACUGGAGUUUACAAGAACUUGCUUCAAGAGACAGCUCACAGAGCUGGGUUGAAACUUCCUGUUUAUACCACUGUUCGAUCUGGACCAGGCCAUAUUCCUGUUUUCUUUUGCACAGUGGAUAUUGCAAAAAUGAGCUUUACAGGAGAACCAGCCAAAACCAAAAAGCAAGCUCAGAAAAAUGCAGCAAUGGCUGCUUGGUCUGCCUUGAAACGAUUGUCUCAGGCCAGCUCUUCCACUUCUUCCGCUCCUUUAGAGUCUGGAGGGAAUGAUGAACUGGAGCAAGUCACUGUUGCCCGCUAUCUUGCUAGUUUACAACCACCAGAGGCGAACAAGUCUGCACAAAGAGACGGGCUACUAGGACAGGGUUCUACACCUUGUAGGAGGGACUUGAUGCCAAAUGACAAUGCCAUAUCAUUGUACUCUAUGCACUGCAGGGACUGGUCUCAUUCUGCUCCUCUUAUUCAAUUGGCACAUCAAUCUUGGCCCAAAGAGAGGGCAUCCCAGCAGCAGAACCACCUGUUGGCUCUUCCAUCUGCACCAACCACUCUCCCCAGACCUCAGAUGUCUCCAAUUAUUCGGUCCAUAUUCCAGCCAGACCAUGGGCCAUGUUUCUUACCAAGGGAGCAAGAGCCAGCCCCUCUUAGUCCUGGAAUUGGUCCAUUUCUUUAUUUCUCAAAUGGUUCAAUGCCAGUCCCUGUUAGUAAUCUCUCCCAAGUUACCAUUCAAGAGAUAGAGGAAAAACCCAAAGUGGAACAGGAGUGGCUGAAUGUUGAUGCAAAUUCCGGCUGCUGGAAAAUUAAUUUCCCCUCCAAUUUAUCUGGGCUCUCUCUAGUUGAAAUUCCAAAGUGUCCCAUUUCUCCUAACAGUCAUUCUGAACCUAUCCAGGAGGCGCUGCAGGGAAAAGAAGAGGAAAACAGUGCUGGAAACUCUGCUCAAUUAGGAACCAACCAAAUCCAACGACUUGCUUGGACAUCUCCCAGGUUUGCGGAUACCAGGUCCAGUGCAGGAGCCUCGGAUGAAGCUAAUCUGUGGUUACAAAACCAGCAAUUCUUGGACUAUUUGCAGUCAAAUAUCAGAUCCCAAAAUGCCCCCAUGGCUACUUACCCAGGAUCAUCCAGAGUUUAUACACGACCUUCUGCAGCUCCUGUGACGAUCAGAAGCAGUGAUGCAUCAUCCAUCCGAAAGCCCAGACCAAUGAGUUCGAGCUUAUUCGUAUCAGCUCCACCACCAACCAGGUACGCGGCUCCUACUUGGUCAACAAGGCCAACGCUAGAAGGAGCGAAGUACACUGGAGUGAGGCCUUGUAGUAGGUUCAUGGCACCAGCGGUUAACAUCCGAUCAGUUGUGCCAGUGUGCUCAGCUCCUCCUGCUAAAGACAGGGCAGGAGGCAGCCAGGAGGAGAGAGCUGGAAGGCUACAAGUUCAGAAGUUGGGAAGGUGAAAAUGUGAGGGGGGCAUAGAAUUUUGAAAGCUGAGUAUCCUUUCUGGUUUUUGAGGCGAUUGCUGAGAGAAGUCUGUAAUCUAGGUGCUUUUGGAUUGGGUGACACAAAAUAAAAGAAUAAUAAGAGAAUAAAAUGAUCUUAUUCUUUGA